CUGGAGUCUCGAUCCCUGGGUCGUCAUGGCGGCUCGCAGAAGCCGGGCGCUGUGGCGGCUGAGCGGCUGGGGCUGGAGGCAGGCGCUGCUGUCUCCGAGGCUACGUCGGGGCUCAGCCCGGCUGCUCUCUACCGACAAACCAGGGGUGGCCACGCAUUUCGGGUUUGAAACGGUGUCAGAGGAAGAGAAGGGGGACAAAGUCUACCAGGUUUUUGAAAGUGUGGCCAAAAAAUACGACUUGAUGAAUGACUCAAUGAGUCUGGGGAUCCACCGGAUUUGGAAGGAUUUACUGUUAGAGAAGAUGCACCCUUUCCCGGGGACCAAACUUCUUGAUGUGGCUGGAGGUACAGGAGACAUUGCCUUCCGGUUCAUUAAUUACAUCAAGGCUCAGAACCAGAGGCAGCGACAGAGGGAGGUGAAAUCCCGGCAAAACUUAUCAUGGGAAGAAAUUUCCAAGUGCUACCAGAAUGUCCAGGGUCCCUCGGAGGAAUCCCACGUGGUAGUCUGUGACAUUAACCAAGAAAUGCUCAAGGUUGGAAAGCAGAAAGCAAAGACGUUGGGCCACAAAAAAGGCCUGGCUUGGGUACUGGGUGAUGCUGAAGAGCUUCCCUUUGACGAUGACAAGUUUGAUGUUUACACCAUUGCCUUUGGGAUCCGAAACGUCACACACAUCGACCGGGCUCUUCAAGAAGCCUAUCGGGUCCUGAAACCAGGAGGCAGGUUUCUCUGUCUGGAGUUUAGCCAAGUAAACAACCCCCUUAUUUCCAGGCUCUAUGACCUGUACAGCUUCCAGGUUAUUCCAGUAAUGGGAGAAGUCAUUGCUGGAGACUGGAAGUCUUACCAGUACCUUGUGGAGAGCAUCCGACGUUUCCCACCACAAGAAGAAUUCAAAGAGAUGAUUGAAGAUGCUGGCUUUCAGAAGGUGACUUAUGAGAGCCUCACAACAGGUAUCGUGGCCAUACAUUCAGGCUUCAAGCUCUGACUCCAGCACGGUGCACCCAUCACUCUGUAGUCCAGUGGAAAGGUCUCUGCGGCUCCCUGUUAGAGCUCCAGGCUUGGGAGGUAGGGCUGAAAUGACUGACUGUCUUCAGUUAUCAGGAGAAGCCACGUUACCUCUCUAAUGCUCAGCUGGUGCUUUCUGGGACCUUUUCUCAGGGGUGCCGUUUGGUUCAUUUCCCAUGUAAUGCCUUCUGCUGGCUUUUCCUGGAUAUGCAGUGUGUGCGUGGGGGGAUUUGAGCACAGAAGCUCAGACUGGAACAGUUUCCGUGGCCUCUGCCUCCCCCACCAUGUCAUACAUACCAAAAGGGAAAUAAAUGGACCCCUGUAAGUGAGUGGAAAAGAGGAACCACACACCAGAUCACUCUUUAGUCCUAGAACUGGGUAUUCUGCCCAGGUGGGCUGACAGCUGUUGGACUUAGGUGUGAGCAUGGACAGCUUAUUAAACGAGUUGACUUGUUGUG